AUGUCUGAAGAACUCUACGAUGAGUUUGGAAACCUUAUUGGUCUUCCAGAGAGCGAGAGCUCAAGUGACGACGAAAUGGAGGCCAGCCAUACGGAGGUUGCCGUUAGACAGCCAGGAUUACAGGAGGUUUUCGGAGAAGAUGUUGAGACUAUCAUAGCGACAUCUGAUGCAAAGGAUAUCAGCGAGCCUAUUGUCGAGCCUGACACAGAGCAAAAGUUCAAAGUCGAAGAGAAUGACCUACCUGAAACCUUUUAUUCGAAGGACUAUAUGUGGAAUAUGACAUUUCUCCCAUCCAAAGUGCGAAAUAUUGCACUUGUCGGUGGUUUACACUCGGGGAAAACCACCUUUUUAGACCAACUGAUCCAUGAAACCCACAACAUCAAUCACAUUCAAGGAAAAGAUUACAGGCCCCUUCGAUACACAGACAACCAUACUAUAGAAAUUAAACGGGGGAUAUCCAUAAAGACAUCCAGCAUGUCAUUAUUGAUGCCAGAUCUGGACCAAAAAUCUACCGUCACACACAUUCUUGACGCCCCUGGGCACGUCGAUUUUGUUGACGAGAUGUCUGUGGCAGUGAGACUUGCUGACGUUGCUGUCCUGGUUGUGGACGUGGUUGAAGGCUUAACCAAAGGUUUGCAACUGGCUCUAGAUCAUAUUUUACUGACCAACACCCCCUUUUGUCUCAACAUAUCGAAGUUUGACCGCUUGAUCUUGGAACUUCGAUUGCCUCCACUAGACGCUUACUAUAAACUUCGCAGCAUUGUUCACGAAAUCAACGAGUAUGUCUCUUCAUCUGAGCACGUUAAAAGUGGCAGCUAUACACGACAAACAACACUAUCGCCUGCUCUAGGAAAUGUUUGUUUUAGUUCCAGCAACCUCAACAGCUGUUUCACCGUGCGGAGUAUUGCAAAAAGAUAUCUUAAAAACUCCAAGGUGGAUCUUGACGCAUUUGCUACCAAGCUUUGGGGAGACAUUUACUAUAUUGACCAAAAACUCACAAUUAAGCCUCCAGAUAAGGCGGCCUAUGCCAAAUCAAGAAGUUUCAUCAAGUUCGUUUUGGAACCGAUAUAUAAACUGGUCACUGCGACGUUGACGAAAAGCCCAAAAGAAUUAGAACACUAUCUGGAGGAGUCUCACGGAAUCACCAGCAUUCAUCCUUCAAAAUUCAAGCUAGAUGUGCAACUUCUGCUGAAAGAAGUGUUCUUUGCAUUUUUCGGUGGCGUCUGCCCUCCUUUUGUUGACCUAAUACAGCAGAUGCCUUCACCAGAGGACAUGAAUGUUGACAAAUUCAAGUUACUAUACAAAGGAAAUGCCUCUGAUGAGAUACUCUCGCAUGUUAAAAAAUGUGACCCGAAUGGCCCGGUCAUAGCAUACGUGGCAAAGCUCAUUGACUCUGCUAGCUCAGCCAGAUUUUAUGCUCAGGUGCGUGUGCUUUCGGGCACAUUAAAAAUAGGUAAUUCAGUUCUGCUAUUGGGUGAAAAUUAUAGCCCCGAGUUCACAGAUGACAUGAAAGUACAGGACGUUCGGCGCGCUUUUUUGAGCUGCACACGCUACAAGAUCCCAGUGGAAGGUAUUCCAGCCGGGUCUAUAGGACUAAUUUCAGGGCACGACAUCGACGUAUUUAUCAGCAAAACUGCUACCAUUUUCGACCAAAAGCUUAAGUCUCCAACGCUCGAAAUUUUCAGACCACUGGACAAAAUAUCCAAACCGGUUUUCAAAAUUGCUGUGCAACCUGCGAACCCGUCAGAGCUUUCAAAAUUCACCGAAGGACUGAAAAAGCUGAACAGAUCCUACGUUGGAUCAGAAAUUAAAGUUGAGCAAGGAGGCGAGCACGUGAUCUUAGGAUACGGAGAGUUGUAUCUGGAUUGUCUGCUCCACGACUUGCGUCUACUAUAUGCGAAACUGGAUAUCAAGGUUAGUGAUCCUAUGGCUCGGUUUUCAGAGACGUGUUUGGACAUGUCCAAGGUAAAGCUGGUUACAGAGUCAGCCAAUAGGAAAAACAGUCUUACGGUCAUAGCAGAGCCUCUGGAGGAGAAUAUCUCCAGAGACAUAGAAGCUGGAGUUCUUGUACCAUCGGCUCCUCCUAGGAUACUUGCCAAGAAGCUGAGGAACGAUUAUGGAUGGGAUGCUUUGGCUGCGAGAUCAGUUUGGGCAUUUGGUCCUGAUGAAACGGGUACAUGUAUACUUCUCGACGACACACUGCCUGAGGAGACAAAUAAAGCAAGGCUUGCAGAGUUGAAAGAAUCAAUUAUCCAGGGUUUCAAAUGGUCAACAAGAGAAGGGCCUCUUUGCGACGAGCCAGUGCGAAACAUCAAGUUCAGGAUCAUUGGCGCACACCUAUCUACCAACUUUCUAGAAUCAAAUGGAGCACAGAUCAUUCAGAUGUCGCGGAAGGCAUGCUACACGGCACUGAUGAUUGCUACUCCGCGAUUACUCGAACCGGUUUAUGAGAUUGAAAUUUUGUGCUUUUCCUCGGUGUUGCCUGCUCUGAACAAGCUGCUCGAUAGAAGAAGAGGCAAAAUCACCAACGAGGCUCCUGUGGAAGGCACCCCGCUAUACAAAGUGUACGGAUUUGUUCCCGUGAUCGAGUCUGUGGGGCUGGAAACGGACAUCAGAAUGUACAGUCGUGGCCAAGCAAUGUGUCAACUUGUAUUCAGCCACUGGUCCGUGGUUCCAGGAGACCCGUUGGACGAAGACUGUUUCAUUCCUGUGCUGAAACCUGCGCCAAUCCAGUCUCUGUCGCGCGACUUCACCAUGAAAACCAGGAAGAUGAAAGGUCUUGAUGACGAGCCGUCCUUGAAGAAAUACGUGGACCAUGAAGUCUUUGAAAAGUUAAAGAGCGCUGGGAUUAUAUAG